AUGGGAAAAGUCCUUGGGAAAAGUGGGAAUUUGUGGGAAUUUUUGGGAAUUUUUGGGAAUUCCGUGCAGGGCCAGACCAUGGACGACAUCCCCAAGGAGGUGCUGAGCGACUGCGCCCACCUGGUGAAGGCCAACAGCAUCCAAGGGUGCAAGCUGAGCUCGGUGACGGUGCUUUACACGCCCUGGAGCAACCUGCGCAAAACGCCCGACAUGGACGUGGGGCAGAUCGGCUUCCACCGCAGCAAGGACGUGCGCUCGGUGACGGUGGAGCGUCGCGGGGCGGAGCAGCUGCGGCGGCUGGAGCGGACGCGCGUGGAGCGGUUCCCGGACCUGGCGGCCGAGCGGGAAUGCCGGGACCGGGAGGAGCGGGGGCGGCGCCGGGCGGAGCUGCAGGAGCAGCGCCGGGAGCAGCGCGAGGAGCUCCGCAGGAAGAGGGAGAUGGAGGAGCUCCGGAGCUACUCGUCCCUGAUGAAGGCCGAGAACAUGUCCUCCAACCAGGACGGGAACGACUCCGAUGAUUUCAUGUGAGGAUCCCCCCGGAAUUCCCAGGAAAAGGAACUCGGGCUCCGGCCCCGCUUCUCCCGGACCUUGGGGGGGAAAUUCCCGGGAAUGUCGGAGCCAACAAAGCCUGGGAUCGGC